AAGCGGGCAGGAGAGAGCAACAGGACUUGCUCGAGUUACAACCCUGAACUCAUUGAUCACAGCGCCCGCUUGAUGGCUGCGCAGUUUUGAAAUCAGGGAAUAAAUGCACCGCUAGUGCUUUUUUUGUUUAAUCUUUUCCUUUUUAUUCAUUCUUCCCUCUCCCUCCCCGCCGCCAGCCCAAUCCUUCAGACACAACAGCCACAACAAGUGGAUGCUGCGAGAGCGCCCGAACUGCGCGGCGAUCAGCUGCAGUUCAAACGUGCGUGCGAGGGAAAUUGCAACAAGCAAGACAUCCUCUUGCCAGUAGCAAGAGGCGGGUUGGGCACACGGAUUGCUUGCUUGCUUUUUGACAAAUCUACGGCAAAAGCCGGGCUUGGAAAAGGCCACAUCCAUUCAUUCCCUCUCUCCCCCCCCACACACAAGCCCUCUAUUGUCCCCUCCCCCGGCACAGGAAAUCUUGCUCGUUUAUUAUUUUGCAAAGGUAAGGAGUGAUCGCCGCUGCCCAGCAUCCCCCCAACUCAGGCUGGCUGCCUCUCUCUCCAGGAGGUCUUGUUGCACGCAAAGAGAAGCCAGAAAAAAUAACUCAUCAACCUGUAGGGCUGCCUGACCCUGCACCUGCAAACAGAGAUUGUUCAACACAAUCCUCUCUUCAAGAUCUCUCUCUCUCUCUCCAGAUCCUCAGGCUAGCGAGAACAGCGUUGCUCUUUCUCUGCCUAGGAACAGUUAAGUGCUCCUUCAGCAUGAGAAUAACCAAAGGGUGAUCCACUCCCUUGUCUCCUAUGGGGAUUGCAGAGCCAGUUUUGCAGCCUUCAUCAUCUCCUCCUCCUCAUCUUCCUACUGCUGCCGCCAUCCUGGGUGCAGCUCCCAGGUUUGAAACACUGUUGACAGGCUGAAAAAAGAGGGCAUGGAUAGACCUCCUCACUGUGUAAACAAUAUGAGAGCUGGAAGUUGCUUCAACUCCCUAAAUAACAAUAUCAAUCAGUUAUCAGACUACUAGGCCAAAGCACUGCUUGGAGGAAAGUAUGAGAAAACAGGCUAUUUUUAUUUGGUGACACUGGUGAACUAAAGACCUGAAACUUUUUUGGUGGCAAAAAACUAAUAGAAGAGUUGCCCUUUCUAUUUGCAUAAACAUUUGCUCCUUGCUGGAUGUAAUCUUGGGAGCCUGCAAGAAUAUCAUGAAAUUGUUCAGAUCUGUUGAUCCUGCAUACACCACCAGAGAAUACUAAAACCAAAGGGGCUUGGUGGAUGAAAGGACAAGGCCUAGGCUCUUUCCUGAUCAAAUUUGAGAACUUCAUCUUUUGAUUAAUUUCCAUUCUUAGCAAAAGACAUAACUUUUGUGAUACAGCCUGGAUGAUAAAGAGAUGCAGAUCUGUGGUUGCUACAGUUUUACAAAACACAGACUCAACGCAACUGGUAUCCUGAUGGGUUGAGCUUCCAAGAGACCAGCCUCCAAAUGCAAACACCUUUGAACUUCCCACAGUAAAACAACAAGCUUUGACAGCAGAUACACCGAACAUUUUUGCAUUAAACAAAUAAACAAACAGUUGCAAAAUGGAGGUUGCAAUGGUGAGUGCAGAUAGCUCUGGAUGCAAUAGCCACUUGCCGUAUGGAUAUGCGGCCCAGGCCCGGGCCCGGGAGAGGGAACGACUGGCACACUCAAGGGCGGCAGCGGCUGCAGCAGUGGCAGCGGCAACAGCGGCAGUGGAAGGUGGAGCCACUGGUGGAGAGGGGCCCUAUCACCAUUACCACCAGGAACAAGGGCGUGGUGGGAAUGCAUCCCGCAGCAGCCAGCCCCAGCGUCAGAACAGCAAGAGGAAGAAGCGAGGCAAAAAGAGAAGCCACCAUCUGGGAAGCAGGGAAUGUGGGGCCUCUUUCCCCUGCUCUGAGUUGUUGCCUCUCAGUGGCUCAGAAGAGAGAAUACUUAAGGAUUUGAGUGAUGAUGAGGAAGAAGAGGAGGAAGAUGAGGAUGAAGAGGAUGAGGAGGAAGGAAAGUUCUACUAUAGCGAUGAAGAUGGGGUGGAUGAUUUUUCAUACUCAGACCAGCCACCUGAUGAUGGUGGCGGUGGCGGUGGCCCUGGGAGCUACAGUUCAGUUCGCUACAAUGAGUAUGAGUGCUGUGAGAGGGUGGUAAUCAAUGUGUCAGGACUGCGGUUUGAGACUCAACUGAAGACCCUGGCUCAGUUCCCUGAGACACUGCUGGGUGAUCCAGCAAAGCGGGGCAGAUACUUUGACCCACUCCGGAAUGAGUACUUCUUUGAUAGGAACCGGCCCAGCUUUGAUGCUAUCCUGUACUAUUACCAGUCUGGGGGCCGUCUCAAGAGGCCAGUCAACGUGCCCUUUGAUAUCUUCACUGAGGAAGUGAAAUUCUACCAGCUUGGGGAGGAGGCCAUGCUCAAAUUCAGGGAGGAUGAAGGGUUUGUCAAGGAGGAGGAGGACAAGGCUUUGCCUGAGAAUGAGUUCAAAAGGCAAAUCUGGCUGCUGUUUGAGUACCCAGAGAGCUCCAGCCCAGCCAGAGGCAUUGCAAUUGUUUCUGUCUUGGUCAUUUUGAUCUCUAUUGUCAUUUUCUGUCUGGAGACUUUGCCAGAGUUUAGAGAUGACAAGGAGAUCAUACUAUCCCUGGCCCUGGGGAAGGGUUUUUUCAAUGAGUCACUGCACCAGGAUGGAGGGGGCCACACUGUCUUUAGUGACCCUUUUUUCAUUGUAGAGACAGUCUGUAUCAUCUGGUUCUCUUUUGAGUUUACAGUGCGGUGCUUUGCUUGCCCCAGCAAAGCAGCUUUCUUCAAGAACAUCAUGAACAUCAUAGACAUUGUCUCCAUUUUGCCUUACUUUAUCACCCUGGGCACAGACCUGGCUCAAGAGCAGGGCAGUAAUGGUCAACAGGCCAUGUCUUUUGCCAUUCUGAGGAUCAUCCGUCUGGUCAGGGUGUUUCGCAUCUUCAAGCUCUCCAGACACUCCAAGGGUUUGCAGAUCCUGGGUCAUACACUCAGGGCCAGCAUGAGGGAACUGGGGCUCCUCAUCUUCUUUCUCUUUAUUGGAGUCAUUUUGUUUUCCAGUGCUGUUUACUUUGCAGAAGCUGAUGAACCUACCACCCAUUUUCAAAGCAUCCCAGAUGCCUUUUGGUGGGCAGUGGUGACCAUGACUACUGUUGGUUAUGGGGACAUGAAACCCAUAACUGUGGGUGGGAAAAUAGUUGGGUCCCUGUGUGCCAUUGCAGGUGUAUUAACCAUUGCUUUACCAGUGCCAGUGAUUGUCUCCAAUUUUAACUAUUUCUAUCACAGAGAGACUGAGAAUGAAGAACAAACACAGCUGAUGCAAAAUGCAGUCAGUUGUCCGUACCUCCCAACAAAUUUAUUGAAGAAAUUUAGGAGCUCAUCAUCUUCAUCCACAGGGGAUAAAUCAGAGUAUUUGGAAAUGGAAGAAGGAGUUAAAGAAUCUCUUUGUGCAAAGGAAAAAACAAGUCAGGAUGCAGGGAAUGGCAGUGAGACAGCAAAGAAAAACUGUGUAAAUUCAAAAUCUGUGGAAACUGAUGUGUAAUUCUGAACGUUUCCAAAUAUACUUAUGCAUUAAGAGUGCAGUGAUAAAUGAAAUAUGCAAACAAGAGUCUAAAGCAUACGGUAGUAUGCCAUUUAUUGGUUAAAUAUGAAUAAAAAAGCAUUGCUAAACUUGUAUUACAUAUCAAGUAAAUGAUAUAACUUGUGGAAGGGGCUGGUUGAUUCAAUGUAAUUUCAAACUUUAUAUUUUUAUUAGAAUGCAAGUGUUUUGCACAUGAGGCAAAAGACAUUGUCAAAACCAAGACAGAUUUCAAGUGGGUGCAUGAACUGUCGACAUCACUAAUAACAGCUCAGUGGUAAAAGUUGGCAUUCAGCGGUAUUUACUAUGUAAGAAAAAAUGAAGUUCAGCAGUCAUUUAUCCAUUUAUCAUUGCUUUAAUAGCAGCUACCAUAAAUCAUUAGAUCCCAUAGUCAUUGUUUUCAAAAUGCUAAAAAAAAUUGUAAAAAUAUAUUCUACAGAAUAUAGUUCUAAAUUUUAUCUUGAAAUCUAUAAUGCUUGUUUUUAACUGGAAAUUGACUUUGAAAAGGCUGCUGAACCUCCAGAAAUUGUUUAUUUUUAUAACUCUCUUUGGAGGCAUUGCAGCAUUUGUUGUCUAAUAUAUGGAAGAAAUGAAGUAAGAGAAUCUUUUAACAUGGUCUGAAUGCAGUAGCAAAGUGACUGGAAUGAUUUUUUGCACUACUUUAUAUGCUGGAGAAAUACUGAAAGAGACUUCAUACUGUGAAUGUUUACUAAUGUAAUAGUUCAAUGACAAUCAUUGGAAGAGUGAAUUCUGCGUCUUAUUUUAUUGUUUUUUUUUCUUUACAUGAUGCUGAUAGCUAAGCAGCUAAUGUUACAUUAAUUCCAUAUUCUUUUAAUUAUGAAAAUAUAUGAUCGGAAAAAGGAUCGUGCAGUAAAAUUUUAUAAUCAAUUUUUUUAAUCAGUCUAUUCUACUGAUACCCUUGAGAAAUAACAAUGUAUUUUAUAUUUUCUUUACUGCUUAAUUUAACAUUCAAAAUCCAAUAUUAAUACAUGCGCUUUGUCAAUGUUGAAAUAUUAGUGUACUUGAAGGGGCUGUAGCAGUAAUAAGAUGUUCCACUGCUACAGUAAUGAGGAAUAAGAAUUGCUAACUUUUAAAUGUGCUAUUAUUGGUGCUGUGUUUUUUUUCCCCUUAAUUACAGCUUUCACCCAUGAACAUUUGAAACAACCUUUAAGACCAGAAUAGGCAUUCUGGGGUUUGAAAUGAAAAUUUUGGGAAUCAGGUUGUCCUUGAGAAAACAUUUCUUCUCACUUAGGUUAGGGCCAGUGGUACAUUUCCUGUGCACCCCACACUCUUACUGAUCGAAAUGGCAGAUGUGGAUGUGCAAGGACUACCCUAUGGGGGCUACUGUGAAUCCUUCUGCCUGGAAUGAAUGCAUAUUUAACAAAAAGAGUAUAAAGAGGUAUUUUUGGGUUCAGAAAAAUGCAGGAAUGGCAUAUUGAAUGGGGACUGUUUUGGAACAGGCAUUGUGGUUCUAGAGUCAUCCAAAUUACUUAACUUGAAAAAGUACUGACAUGGGCACUUUGGAACAGGUGUACUAAGGGAAAAAAGGGGAGUUACAGAUAUGCAGAGUAAUUUUGCAAUGAUAGUCCCAAGGCGGGAACAGGAAUGUUCUGGAGCUGAAAUGCACAGGACAUCUUUUGGGACUCAAAACAACCUCAGUUUUUGUAAAUUGGGUGUCCUUUAUAGCGUGCAUAUCUAUCAGGCUAGCAAUGUUAAUUUGCAGCAACAGCAUGUGGCACAGAAAGGAGCCUUAGGCUUAGGACUCUCUUAAUUGGUUUAUUUUUUUUUUUUGUUCCUGUGGGAUUAGAACAGGUCAUAUCAGCAAAGAAGAUUCUCUGCCUGUACUCCAAUACAAUUCCAAUUGCAUUACAAUUGCAUAUUGAAGAGAGACAUUUAUAGAAGGUCUAGUGAAGACACUGCAGUAUGCUAUGCUGUGGUUAAAAAAGGCUAUAGGUGAGCAUCAGAUUUCUAGCAAAAUAUCCCAAACUGAUUUCACCAACUGUUUUGAAGUGGUCUUAAGAAGAGCUCCUGUUUAUUGUUGACAUUGCAAGUUAACUAGGUUUUAAAACGCAUUACCUCAAUAGAUUUUUAUCUGUCAAACUUCCCUAGAAUUUGGUAUUACAUUUCAUUCUAGCUAUUCUAAGUGUAUGGUGGGGGGAACGGAUAAGGAGACAAUGCCAAUACUAAGGACGAACAUUGCUGUAUUUACCAGAAAAUCAGUAAACAAUGCUUCUCUAACAGCUGUCAAGUAACUGCGAUAUGAACAUAUGGAUUCCUUUGUAUAUUGGUUUUCUAGAUUUAUUGAAGACUGUGUAAUACCAGACAGUCUCAUUUGAGGCAAUAUAAAGAUAAUGAAAAUAAGGGAAUUACUAACUAAAGACUAAAUUGAGCAUUAGUAGAAAAUUAGGAGUGAAUGUUUGCCUGAUGAUAAGGGAAAGUGUGAAGUUUAGGCUGGAAAUAGAGAAUGGAUUUGAGAACAUGGGCAUAUUACAGAUAUAGAAACAACUUCAUAACAUACAUCUACAUAGUCACAGAAUUCAGCGUGGGUUGACUGUCCAAAUAUUUGCCCAGCUUCUUAGGCAGGUUUUGCUCCAAUGCUGAGCUGAGCUCCAUGCUGUUGCAGCCAGGCUGUUACUAGUAUCCAAGAUAGCUGUUUUUAAUGCUACCUCUGGGAAGUCUAUAGUGCUUGGCAGCCUAAAUGUACCAUUAAUUUCUUGGGAAAGAAUAUACAUUGCAUUCCUCUUGAGUACCUUGUAAAAACAGGCAGAGCAAUCUUAUGAUACCUGCUUUGUCUCCUGAAGAAGUCUAUUCUAUGUAUUUGUAAUGGUCAAGUGAGGGGUUUUCAUUAUAAAUGAGAGAAACUCAGGCUGAAAAUUAGAUUGUGCUUCUAGUUUGGCAAAACCAACUUUGAACUAUAUAAAGGACUCUGCAUUUCCUGAAUGGAAACAGAUACCUUAACAUGAGCUGCCUUUGGAUUUGAUCAGCCAACUGCUCAUCAGUCCAGCCUGUUAUGACGUGCUAUGAAAAUACCACAGUUCCACCCAGAAAAGACUAAUGUUUAAAGAUUCCAAAUGCUCAGUGUAAAAUACAUAAACCCAAUAAAGUACAACAAGGGUUGAAACAAUGUGCAAGAGAGAUCCUGUGUUGGAUACUUAAAAUUUCUAUUUACUGUUGCUGCUGUCAAAGCUUUCUGAAUGCCAUCUGAUGCAGACAUCUACCAUAAAAAAUUUAGGCAUUUAGUCAUCAUUUAGGCAUUCUGAGUAUCUUGAAUUAUAAAGGGAAAUACAACUCUGAUGUAACUAUAGUGAAUGGAAUUACACUAAGAACUAAGUUGGCUCUAAUAUUGAAGUUCAAACCAUACCACAGUUGAUGUAUGCUCUAGUUACAAAGAAGUUCAUUUUUAUAAAUAAUAUAAAAGAUAUUUUAUUUUGAGCCUGAUUUCAUUUGCAUGGGUUUAAAUGUGAAAUAACUGCAUUAGAACUAAAAGCAGCAGAAAAUGAAAUUUAAAAGGGACACCAUUACUUAACUUUUUAAAUUGGCCUUUAUAUACAGAGUAAAUAAAUAUGUUUGUUUUUAUGGCAGUAUUCAUGCCAAGAUAAGAAAUCAGGUUCCUAAAGGAGAAUGCAUUUUCAGUUAACCUAAAAGAGCAGUGUAUUUAAUGCAUAACUUAACUUCAGAGAUUCAUUUGUUUCCCUUCUUUACAACUUACAUUGGUUCAUGGAAAGCUCACUUUGGACUCCCAUAAUUGUGUGAAAUCAAGUGUUAUGUUUCUUUGUUAAAGAAUUCAUGUCCAGGCUUUUCAGUGUUCAGAAAAGCUCACUGAGAAUUAUUCCACACAAGGCUAUUCCAGAUGGUAGAAAGCACAAUUCUGUUUGUUUUUGGUUUGAAGGACAAUCUCUUGUCCCCUUUUUUCUGUGUUGUAGAGUCUAUAUUUUCUUUUGCUUUUUUUGUUGUGAAAAAUCAUUUUUGGGGGGCUCAAAGACAUGAACGAAGCUGUUAUAGCUACAUCUAAGCUAUGUGUUUUGAGAAUAACAAAAAUGUAUUGUAGAAUGUUUUUCUUUGUCAAAGAAAACAUGAUUUGAUUGGAAUUUCAGUCAGCAAAGCCUUAUUCUCAGUAACAAAGAAAAAUGGAAGCCAUUUUUGAUGGUAAUGCUUAUAACCAUUUUGGCAUCAGGUCUUAACCCCGAAAAAAAGAACCCUAUUUUGUGGCCCCUAACAUGGGGAGUUCAUGUGAAAUGAGGAGAGUCCAUUCUGUUUAAUCUGGAUUUAUAUAAAAUCAAUAGGAGGUAGCUCAAGAAUAUGAAACACCUCUACUUCCUGUUUGGAUACAUUGCAUUUUAUAGGGAUAGUGUAAUAUCAAAAGGCCUAUUCUGAUCAUGCUGUGUUCAUGGAAAGUCUUUCUUGUGAAGUAUAGAGUUCUGGUAGGUGCCUUUACAGUGAUUUCAGACCUCAGAAACUAAUGCUCUAAAACUUAUUCUAAACUAAGUUUUAGAAUAAGAUUUAUGAAACUUUGUUCAUAGUUCUUAGAUUUGAACUUUCUUUGGAGAUUUAUAACUCGUGUCCUUUAUACCUAGCUUUGACUGAUCUUGCAUCGGUUCUACUUUCACUGUGUGCUGUUACAAAUAAAGACCUAAAGUGAUUUAAAUGAAUUAGCUUGAAAUAGUAGUAUACUAAAAACUGGUGAGCUUUAAACAAUUCACAUAACAUAUAAACUCUAUUUUUAUCAUAAGAUCAACCAGAAUGGUCAUCCAUAAUAUUUAUAGACAUGGCACAGGGUAUGUUAUUAUAUUGUUGACAAUCUGAAUGAUCAUAUACUUCUGAUUUUGCAGUGAAUGACAUCUGCUUCAAUGGUUUAACAUGUUUGUGCAUCUUUGUUUGAAACAGAUAUUUGUGGAGAAAUUGGUUAUUUUUAAUCAUGUAGACUAAAAUGAACGUUCAUUUCCACCAAGAUCAUCUGAGGUGAAAACUUAUCUUUACAAAUUAAUGCCAGGUUACAUACUUAAACAUUUUGUACCUGGCAACCAGGUACAAACAUAAAGGCUUUAUAUUCAACCAUGCUUUCUGUAUAUUAAGAUUAUAUAUAAAUUCAUAAAGAAAAGUCAUUAAAGCAUUGUGUACUGAGAUGUUUGAAUUUUUAUUCUUAACCCUCUUAUUCUUUGAAAAAUUAUAAUGCAUUUUGAGGACUUUUUCUGCAGUAAGAACUUUGCAAAAUAAAUAAAUAUGUAUGGAGAAGAAGAACAAUAUUAACUUACAUUUCCAAAUCUGAUAAAACAUUCUGAUUUGUAGAAAGUGGGUAAGUACAAAUUUUGUUUUACUGUUGCUUCAGUCGUGCAUGCAUGGUAUUGUCAGUAAAAAAAAAAAAUUAAAGAUCAGUUGGCUGAACGAAUUCAUAAUCACAAAUGCAAUUGCUUUCUGAGUUAUGUGUAUUUCAGGUACGUAUGGGGUCUCUUUUCUCAAAGUAUCUGUGUGCCAUAUACUCUUUAAUAUAUUCAUUCUAAUAACCCUAUAAAGUAGGGAAGUACUAUUAUAUCAAUUUUACAGAAGACAAAGAUAUGGAGAGAUUAAGGCUGGACCUAUAAAGAUAUUUUGGCACUUAAUUUCUCUUAAAGCACUUGAUAUCCUCUGAUUUCUUUAAGAGUUAGACACACAAAAACCUUUGUGGACCUGGGCCUAAGUGACUUGCUCUGUGAAACCCAUGAAGCAUACAGUGCAGUAGGCCCUUCUAAUCCUGCACGAUUCUCCUAAGCAUUUGGCUUUGCUUUUCUCUUUGUGCUGCUAAUAUCGAAAUAUUUUUCUUAACUAAAACUGCUAAUGCUUUAAUGUUGGAUAUUUCUUAUUUGAGAUAAAAAGAAAACCAAAAGAGAACGGUUCUCUCUUCUUUAUUUGGUUUUUGUGUUGCUGGGGGAUUCAAGUUUUGUUUGGCAGGUUGGGGGUGGGAUGGGAUGGGAGGCAGGGGGAAUGUUAUAUUUUGAAAAUUAUGUCAAGAAUGUGGAAUAUCAGAUAGUUGCCUUUUUAUAUUUUAGCAGUCAAAAUAAACAAGCUUGUGAAAUAAAAAUGUUGGGCUCAAUCUUACAAUGGUCCGUGGGUAGGAAGGUUUCAAUGAAAGGGUUUGAAGUAUUGGCUCUCAAAAAUUAUCACAACUGAACUAGAACGUAGAACGUAUGUCAUUACUGUUAUUUUAAUCUAGUUUAACUGCAGUCUUUGAGCUCAUUUCUAGUCCCAGUGAAGGUAACAGUAAAACCUGGCUUCAAGGUUGAGCCUUUUAUGACUUUAUUUCAAAUAUUCUGUGGAAAGCAGACAGUUUUCCUAGUUACGUUUAUUCUGUUAUUACGUAGCCUGAUCUUGUUAUAGUCAGGUUCCACCAUUGACUUCAAUUACAGCCCACAAUGUCUAUCUGGGAGUGUGAUAUAUAUAGCAUAUGAACAUAGUUUAAUUUCCUUCUUUUAUUGUUUUCCUAUCGAUACAGCUUUAUAUUGACUACAAGGUCUCAAUCAGUGGCAGUUUCCUCCUGCACAUUGGAACCUGAGUAGAGAAACCUGCAGAGGACAAUUGAUAUGAAUUGAAGCUUUAAAUUCUAAACUGAGUAAUGAGCAGCAGACCCAACAAAGCAGUGAAGACACAGGAUAAGUACAAGAUGUUGGUAAAGAUGUCUGAUUUGAGAUGAACUGGCCUGAACAUCUUCAAGGGAUUGCUGCAGUUGUGAAGAGAAAGCUACAAAGGAAUGAAUAUGACAAGAAGAUGGGAGUUACUGUAAUAUAGGUUUCUUCAUCUCAAGGGAUGGACAAAACUAACACUUCUUAAAGACUAAAUAGUAUAUAAAGCCUUUCUUAUGUAGAUCUCAAAGCCCUUUGUAGUGAAGGGUAAAUAUCACUAUCUCCAGUUAGAGUUGUGGAGACUUAAAGCUAUGAUCCAGGCAAUGGUAAAGACAGACAAAGAAUCCAUUUCUCCCAUAUGCCAGUACUGCUUUAUAUCUUCUGCACCAUACUGAUUCUGGAGGAAUGUUUAUUUCCUUGUGUCAGUGAUGGUUUCGACUAGAUGUUUAAGUGAAAGAAAAAGAGUGAAAUGUUAUAGAAUUAUGGGAUUUCUUAUGAGGUCAGAAGUUCAAUGGUAGCGAUGAAUCACCCAGUCAUCAUAUUUUUGCUUAAAGAUGGUAAAUGAAAGAGAGAGAUUAUAUGAAAGAGGUGAAUGCUGAGUGGGUUAUUUGGGUGUGUUAUUUGGAAUGUAAGGUGGAUUUUCAAGCCUGAGGUAGAUUAUUGUCUAAAAAAGUUAAUCAUUUGAAGUCUAGGGGGAGAGUGGCAGCUGUCAUUUAUAUCUCUUGACAGUCCCUUCCUCUGAACUUCCCUGUUGUUCUUCAGGGAAAGCACUGUUUCGUCCUAUAUUACUUCCAGUGAUUCCUGAAUGUGUGUAUGAAAUGGGGAACAUAAAUUCUGGAGAAGCAGAGCUGUGUGGUAGUUAUUCUGUAUACCAAUAUUACUCAGCAGGCAUGAGCCUAACUUUGUUGUAGAAGUGCUGCAAGCUGGGCUUCAUGCCUGCUCAGUAGGAUGGUCACAAAGUAGUUCUAAAUAUUUAUUGAUGUUCAUGGCUUAAGAGACUAGGAAGUUGCCUGUACAUUUUUUUAUUGCUGCAUGCUGGAAAGGUGCCUGUAGGCACAGUUUACCACUGUCAAUUUACGUUUGUUUUUAUAAUAAAUCAUUAUUUACA